GGGGGUGUUGGUGCAGAGUAUUCUUCUUGAAGGAGGACAGUGCCUGCUGGCAGGCCCCCAGGAGCCUAGGGAGCCUCGAGAUCCACGUGUGUCAGUGAGAACUCUCCACAGACUGCUUGCGUGGAACCCUAAAGCAGUUGCAGUGGUGCAGGAUGGCUGACCUCAGUCUUACAGAUGCAUUGACAGAACCAUGUCCAGAAGUUGAGGAGGAGAUAAAACGGGACUUCAUAGCCACGCUGGAGGCAGAGGCCUUUGAUGAUGUUGUGGGAGAAACUGUUGGGAAAACGGACUAUAUUCCUCUCCUGGACGUUGAUGAGAAAGCUGGGAAUUCGGAGUCAAAGAGGAAGCCGUGCUCAGACACUAGUCAGGUUGAAGGUAUUCCGUCUUCUAAAACAACGGUGCUAGCCAAUGGUGAUGAUGGGAUAGAAAGGAGUAAUGCCGCAGGGUUUCCAACUGAAUUUCUUGACGAGAAAAUGGCCUACCAGGGAUAUCAGAAUAAUGAAAGCUGGACAGAAAAUACACACUUGGCCUUCGAACCUGAGCAAGUUGUGAAUCCAGUCCAACUUGAUCCGUUUAAGACACACCAUGAUGAUGGCCUGGAAGAUUCGCUCUUUCUCCUCGGUGGGACAGCUGAUGCUUCAGCAUUUGCAGAACAAAAGGGGUCUCUGAAUAGGAGUUACGAUGUCUUUACCUGUGGCACACUUGCUCCACCAGCUGUUGGGCCUCGGGGGCUGUCUGUAGAAGCCCCAGCUUCUCCUCACUCAGAGUCCUUCACUUCCCCAGAGUUCAUGGCACAACUUCUGCAGCCCAGCACAGACCAUAUUGAGGAGCUAGGAGUGGCACCAGCAGGUGAGAGGGCACCAACAGAAGCUUUGGAAGUAAUGAAGGAACUGAACUCUGUUGAAACAGAAGUGACCCCUGCACCAGUCACAGAAACAGAAAUGAUACUACCUACUAUGGAACCACCUACCCAGUCAGAUGUGGUGCUCAAGGACAUGGAAUCAUCUAUGGAAUCAAACAUAGCUCUGGUCAAAGACAUGGUACUACCCACUGAAGGAAAGGAGACCCAGUCAGAUGUGGUACUCAAGGACAUGGAAUCAUCUAUGGAAUCAAACACGGCUCUGGUCAGAGACAUGGUACUACCCACUGAAGGAAAGGAGACAGUAGUUCAAGAUGUUGCAUUGCCCCCAGAAGUAGAUAUGUAUUCUGCCAAGGACAUGGUACUGCCCACUGAAACAGAGGAAGCCCCAGCCAAGGACAUAACAUUAUUCAAAGAAACAGAAGGGACACCACCUGUAAAAAUGGAUUCAAUUCCAUUUGAGGGCAUGAUACCGCCCACAGACAGAGAGAUUGCCCCAGACAAGGGAGUAAUAUCAAUACCAAAAGUAGAAGCAACACUGGAUAAGAAUUUUGCAUCAUCCCCAGAAAUAUCUUCAGCCGAAGAGAUGACUUUGUCCUCAGAAACAGAAGUGGACCUUACUGGGGAUAUGACACUUCCCCUAGAAGCAAAGGUGGCUUUGACCAAUGAAGUUGCACUGCCUCCCAAAAUGGAGGUAGUCCCAUCCAAAAACAUGUCUCCCCUUCCAGAAACAGAAGUGGACCCAGUCAAGAACGUGGUUCCUCCUCCAGAGGUGACCUUGGCCAAGGAUGUGACUCCACCCCAAGAAAUAGACACUUUCCUGAGCAAAGAUAUGACUCUGUCUCCCAGAUCAGAUAUCACCACGGCCAACAGUGUGACUCCAGCCAAGGAUAUGUCACCACUUUCAGAAACAGAAGUCUUACAAGUUGCGGUUAAGGACAUGGAAAUUACACAGACACAGAAAGAAAUCAGGGAGGGUUCCCAGUCGGAGUCUAUGCAGAAUGAAGAACAGCCAGCUGCAUCUCCAGUCCUGAUGUCACCAGACCCAGUCACAGCCACGGGCCAAAAGUACAACUUACCAACAAAUGAAGACUUUGUGUUAGAGAAGGUAGAGCAGGAGAAACCAUUCGGCAGCCAACCUCCUAAACUUUCUCCAGAGGACUCAGGUUCCCCUGCCCCACAGACCAAACAAGCUCACAGACCCACGGACCGCAGGUCCACCCGGACCAGGCCUGCUAGGGUCCCUCCCGAGCUGCGGGGAGGCUCUUCUCCAUGGAUGACUCUUGAUCCUAAGCUGGGUUCCUGCUCUUUGUCUGAAUUGGGUUGUGUUUCUGGUUUGUCUUCCUGUGGUGAGCCUGGAAACCAAAGGAAAACUAUUCAUGUUGACUUCCUUGAGUCCCAGAGAGACCUUGGCAGAGAGGCCUGGGAGACAGAAGGCACACCAAUGACAAUGAAGAAAAAAAGGAAAAAGCCAAAACAAAAGAAGUAUUCUCAACCCCGGCCUGGGGGACCUUGGGAUGACAGUGCAGACAAAUUUACUGGCAGCUUUUUAGCUGACCAGCAAAAAUCGGAGAGUCUCCCCAGCCAGCCUACUACAAUGAGUGUGGAGUGUGGACUGGUAUCCAGAGAAAAUUUGAAAAGGGAAUAUGAAAUUGCCUCCAGAACCAGAUUAGUAGCUGAAAGCUUUGUCUCAGGAAGUCUCAGCAUUCCUGUGUGUCCUCUAAAAGAACCUCUGAACAUGCCGGUCAGUGCUCAGCCCAAGCUGAGAGCAGAGGCAGAGGUCAAAGGUAACAAGCCAUUUCCGAAGAGCCCAAACAAAGCAUUGCCGCAAGCAGAAUGCAAACCACAGUCUGCACUCUCCCCGGGGAUUCUGGAUAAAAGACAGACAGUAGGCUCUCUCAAUCAGAAAGGAACCCUGACAGAGGUUUCUGCACACAAAGUAGAAAGUCCUGUGGAAAUCAGACCUAAAAAGAGUUGCUCUCCUGCCUUGGACCAAGAGCCUGUGGGCGGAAUUUCAAAAUCUGCAGCAGCAAAAGCCCCGCCUACUCUGAUAGCAAGCAACCCAUUAGAAAGUAAUCUGAGGGAAGGAGGUGGUGAGAGUAAAGUUGCUCAACUGGAGAAUGCCAGACAAAAAGAGCUUUCACAAGUCAGUGAAGAGCUAAGACCAGAAAUUUGUUCUAAGCAAAAACAAGAGAUCAGCACCUUUCCUUCUGAGCAGCUGCAAGACAAGGUGUUAGUUCAGGUUCCUGGAGUAGAGAAUGAACCGAUCAAGAGAAGAGCAGGAGAUGGCAAAAGCAGAAAGGGGAAAGGAAGAGCACGAGGCGACUUGUUAACUGCCCUGGGCAGCGAGAGUGAGAGAGCUCUCCUUGUGCUAAGUGAGACAGCCCUUAAAACUGAAACCAUGCCUACUGAGAGUGAAGGCACAGAGCUGGGCCAGGAGUCGUCAGAGGCCGCCACAGCUAAAGCCAGUGAGGCAGUGGUGAUGGGGGCGCCUGAAGACGCAUCAGAGCCUGGGCUGGCAGGCACCUCACAGGCAUUGAUUCCUUUGGGAAGUGAGUCAGGCUUGAGUCAGCCUUCUGGUUCUGGACUCGGAGGAGCAGCUGUAGCCACAGAUGUGGAGGCCAGUCGUGAGGACAAGGAAGGAAAGUGGCCUUGGGGGGGUAGUGAAGCAGCCUCCUGGAUUUCUGAAAAGCCUAAAAAGCGAGGCAGUGAAAGCAAAGCCAAAAAAAUAAAAAAUGAAUAUUCUACACAGCCUGCUAGACCGGAGGGCAAGGGAGAAAACCUCAACUUACCUUCUGUAGGGGAAGAUGGGAGUGCUGGUAUUUCUACCCACGAGAAGAAGGAAUCAGGACUCACUUUCCCCACAAAUCAUGACCCUUUGUUCUCACAUGUAUCAGUAUAUACGGCCACAAUGGGAAUCGUUGCACAAAAGAGUAAAAAUAUUGAGGCUAAUUCUUUAGAGUUUGAGGCCCUUGACAGAAACAAAACAAACAUAGUCAAGGAUUCUGCUGUUACUGAACCAGCUACCAAGGUGACAGAUGUGAGCUGCCAAGAACAAAUCCAGUGGGCAGGAUUUCUUCCUUUAGCUCUGCCUGAGGAGAAUAAGACAGAUGCAGCCAAGGGACACACUGCUCUGACUGACAAACCAAAUAAAAGAAGCAGUGACGGCAAAAGUAAAAAGGUUAAAGAUAGUUUUUCCCAGAACUACAUUGUGGAGAAUAAGAUAGACGCAGCAAAAAUACAUGUUCCCAUGGAAGCCACAAAGGACCACAGGAUAGUAGGAAUGGGUUAUAUGGAUGAAAAUAGAAACAUUGCAUUUCCCUGCCCCAGAACACCGCCAGGCUUGAUGCAGAAGACGGUCUCUGUAGAGACUCUGGAGUCAGCGGCCUGUGAAAAACUGUCCACUCCUAUUCCUCAAGUAAUAAAGGAAAGUGAGUCCCUUCCAGACACCUUGGCAGAAGGUAGGCAAGAGACUGCUCUGACCCACAUUUCUAAAGGGUCAGUGAUAGAUCAUUUCAGCAAAGAUGGAGUCCCAGAGCAAGAAAAAGCCAAGACACACUCUGCUGUCAUGCCCUCUAGAAACACUGGAGGAGUUGCUUUAACUUUCACGGCAGAUACAGAAAAAGGUAACACCCUUGGAGAUAACUACCUUAAAAGUGAAGGUAAGCUUGCUGAACCCAUGAAAAUAGAAGCCGGGGUAGAUGGAGGGCAUGUGAGAGGAGAAUCUGAGUCAGCACCCAGUGGUGCGUGUAAACAUUCAGUAGAGAUAGUUACAGAGGGGCUAGCAGACGGGCACCUUCUCUCAGGAGCAACAUCACAAGACCAAAGCCAACCAGGUGAGGGCAGAGCACAUGCAGCAUGUCCUGUAAAUAAAAAGAAAGAGUCUGAGAAAGGAUCUGUUCCGUUUCAUGCUUCUGAUGUUCUGGGAGACAAAGUACAGAAGUCCAAUUUCUGUGAGGACCAAAAUACUAAAGAGAAAGAUUCAGAGGACCCAGAUGGCUUGAAUAAGAAGGUAUAUGUGACUCCUUUGCCUCCAGAAAAUGAAGAGGCUAGGUUGGAAAAAAAUAGUGCAAUCUCAGAAACAUCGAAAUUCCCAUCAAAUUUCUUAGAUGACAAAGUUGAAGCUACUUCUUUAAGGGUAGUAGAUAAGGAAAUAAUGGCUAUUUCAGAAGGUCUCCAACUCCCAGAACCCAAAGAUAAGACCUUGAAGGCACCCGAGAAAACGACUAAGAAAUCUGAGCCAAAGGCACUGGGAGAAGAAAAAAGCAAAAAUAGAAACAGAGUGGCGGAACCCAUGAAAGGCUACAUGAGGCCUACGAAGUCCCGAGGACUUACUCCACUUUUGCCCAAGUCUUCAAGCCAGGAACAAGAGAGCACCAAGCCACUGAAGCCCCGCGUCAAGCCAGAAGAAGGACAGCCCGUUGUGAGUGUGGCCAGAAAUGACAUCACCACCCCUCCAAACAAGGAGCUGCCACCAAGCCCAGAAAAGAAAGCGCAGCCUCUGGCCACCAUUCAGCCUGCAAAGACUUCAGCAUCGAAAGCCAAAACACAGCCCACUUCUCUCCCUAAGCCACCAGUGCCCAUCACCUCUGGUGGGUUGAAUAAAAAACCCAUGAGCCUUCCUUCAGGCUUAGUACCAGCUACCCCACCCAAACGCCUUGCUGCCACCACUACCAAGCCUUCUACCUUACCUUCAAAAGAUGUGAAGCCCAAGCCUACUACAGAGGCAAAAACUUCUGAGAAGCGGGUAUCACCCUCCAAACCAGCCUCUGCCCCGACCACUCGACCUGGCUCCAAGAGCAUCCAAACUGUCCCAAAAGCCACAGCAGCUACCAAUCUUGCCUCGACUGGGCCAAGCAGCCGGAGCCCCACGACAACAGUGACUAAGAGGCCCUCUGCCGUCAAGACUGAGGGGAAGCCUGCAGACAUCAGGAAGAUGGCUACAAAGUCUACGCCAGCUGACUUGAGUCGCGCAAAGAACACAUCCGCCAGUUCUGUGAAGAAAAGCACUACUGUCCCGGGGGCCACUGUCCCAGCAGGAGUUGCUCCCAGCCGACCCAAACCCACACCGAUGCCUCCCCGGUCAUCCUCUGUGACUCCUUCCGUAGAAAAGAAGCCCAUUUCAGCCAAGUCCAGUUCCUCUGCCCCUAGGCCAAGCCGCCCAAGUACCAAUACUUCUGCCCCUGAUCUGAAGAACGUCCGCUCAAAGGUUGGCUCUACAGAAAACAUCAAACAUCAGCCCGGAGGAGGCCGGGCCAAGGUAGAGAAAAAAACAGAGGCAGCUGCCACAACUCGAAAGCCUGAACCUAAUGCAGCCCCUAAAACAGCCGGCCUAAACUCCAGCGCGCAGAAAUCACCUGCUGGGAAAGUCCAGAUAGUCUCCAAAAAAGUGAGCUACAGCCAUAUUCAGUCCAAGUGUGGUUCCAAGGACAAUAUUAAGCAUGUCCCUGGAGGUGGUAAUGUUCAGAUUCAGAACAAAAAAGUGGACAUCUCUAAGGUCUCCUCCAAGUGUGGGUCUAAGGCCAACAUCAAGCACAAGCCUGGUGGCGGAGAUGUCAAGAUUGAAAGUCAGAAGUUGAACUUCAAGGAGAAGGCCCAGGCGAAGGUGGGAUCCCUCGAUAAUGUGGGCCACCUGCCUGCGGGAGGUGCUGUGAAGACUGAGGGCGGUGGCAACGAGGCCCCUCCGUGUCCGGGCCCCCCCGCUGGGGAGGAGCUGGCCGUCCCUGAGGCAGUGCUCGAAGCUGGCGCCCCCGCUUCAGCCAGUGGCCUCAGUGGCUACACCACCCUGUCAGGGGGUGGUGACCAAAGGGAGGCCCAGGCCUUGGACACCCAGAUCCAGGAGACAAGCAUCUAACGAUGACAUUCUGGUCUCGUCUUCCAUCCCGUGUCUCCCUCUUGUCUCCUUCGUUGCCCCUCCCUCCCCUCCUCCUGUGUCACUGCAGAUUGAGACCUACAGGCUGACGUUCCGGGCAAACGCCAGGGCCCGCACCGACCACGGGGCCGACAUUGUCUCCCGGCCUCCCCACUUCCCUGGCGGCCUGGGCUCAGGCACCCGGGUCCUUGGCUCCCUCCCCCGGGGCCG